UUCGAAUUUUCCAUUCCUUCUCCACUUUUCUUGCCCCCUUCCCCAUUUCAAAACAUUUCAAAUCACUCUCUCCUGCUCUCCGCCAUCUUCUCCGUUCUCUCGCUCGCCCCGAGGACCCCAUCCGCGCGAUCCCUUCAGCGGCCAUCCCCGGCGUACCCACCGUCUAUACCGCGCCGACCGGCGAAGAGAUUUCCGCUCCUCGCGAUGGGUAGCGCGGCGAAAGACCAGCUCCUCCCAUGUGAUAAGCUCCUCCUCGAGCUUAAGGUGAUUUGGGAUGAAGUCGGGGAGCCCGACACGGCGCGGGACAAGACCCUGCUGGAGCUUGAGCAGGAAUGCCUGGAUGUCUACAGGAGGAAGGUUGACCAGGCCAACCGCUGCCGGGCACAGCUGCGGCAAUCCAUUGCAGAGGCUGAGGCUGAGCUCGCCGGUAUCUGUUCGGCCAUAGGGGAGCCGCCAGUUCACGUCAGGCAGUCAAACCAGAAGUUACAUGGUUUAAGGGAGGAGUUGAAUGCAAUUGUACCGUAUUUGGAGGAGAUGAAGACUAAGAAGGUCGAGCGAUGGAACCAGUUUGUUCAUGUCAUAGAGGAGAUUAAAAAGAUUUCAUCUGAAAUCAGGCCUUCAGACUUUUUACCAUUUAAAAAGCCUGUGGAUCAGUCGGAUCUGUCAUUAAGAAAGCUUGAGGAGUUAACGAAGGAGUUAGAAUCCCUUCAGAAAGAGAAGAGUGAUAGGGUGAAGCAAGUAAUGGAACAUUUGAAUACAUUGCAUUCCUUAUGUGAGGUGCUUGGCAUAGACUUCAAACAAACAAUACAUGAGGUGCACCCUAGCCUGGAUGAGGCUGACGGGUCAAAGAACCUGAGCAACACUACAAUCGACAGACUUGCAUCAGCUGUAAAUAGACUGCGUGAAAUGAAAAUUCAGAGGAUGCAAAAGCUUCAAGAUUUUGCGUCGACAAUGCUAGAACUAUGGAAUCUCAUGGAUACACCAAUUGAAGAACAACAGAUGUUCCAGAAUGUAACGUGCAAUAUUGCUGCUUCAGAGCAUGAAAUUACGGAACCCAACAUCCUGUCAAUUGACUUCCUCGGUUACGUGGAAUCUGAGGUUAUAAGGCUUGAACAACUGAAAGGAAGCAAAAUGAAGGACCUUGUAUUGAAAAAGAAAUCAGAAUUAGAAGAGCACAGAAGACGUGCACAUCUAAUUGGUGAGGAAGGAUAUUCAGAUGAAUUUAACAUCGAGGCUAUUGAGUCCGGAGCUAUUGAUCCUGCACUGGUGCUGGAACAAAUUGAGGCUCACAUUGCAACAGUUAAAGACGAAGCUUUCAGUCGAAAGGAUAUCCUCGAGAAGGUCGAAAGAUUUCUGAAUGCAUGUGAGGAGGAAGCCUGGCUGGAAGAUUACAACAAAGAUGACAAUCGUUACAAUGCUGGAAGGGGGGCACAUCUUACGCUUAAGAGGGCUGAAAAAGCUCGCAUUUUGGUUAACAAGAUUCCAGGAAUGGUAGAUGUUUUGUCCUCGAAAAUCAUAGCUUGGGAGAAUGAAAGAGGAAAAGAGUUCACAUACGAUGGUGUACGCCUUAUCUCGAUGCUUGACGAAUACAUGAUUGUUCGCCAGGAGAAAGAGCAAGAGAAGAAGAGACAAAGGGAUCAGAAAAAGGUCCAGGAUCAACUGAAAGCUGAGCAGGAAGCUCUCUACGGUUCAAAACCAAGUCCAUCCAAGCCUCAAAGUACAAAGAAGGCACCUAGAAACUCGAUAGGUGGCGCAAACCGCAGGUUGUCAGUUGGUGGAGCCCCGUUCCAGGUGCCCAAAACAGAUAUAUUGCAUUCGAAGACUGUACGUGCCGCAAAGAGAACCGAAGACAUUGCCACUUUGUCCCCUGGCAGUAGAGGCAUAGACAUUGCCGAUCUUCCCAUCAAGAAGUUAUCUUUCAAUGCCAGUGCUCUGCGUGAGACGGAGACGCCUCGUAAGCCUUUUGCUCAGAUCAUGCCAGCAAGCAGUGUCCCGUCUACGCCUGUGCGGCCAAUCACCAAUGACAUGGAGGACGAGAACCGGACCCCCAACCCAAAGACAUUUGGGGCAUUGAAUCCUAAGACGCCGAUGACUGUGGCAGCUCCGAUGCAGUUGGCAAUGACGCCUGCUGUGGGCAACAAGGUUGCUGCUACUCCUGUUUCCCUUGUUUACGAGAAACCAGAGCUGGCAUUGCCGGAGGAGAUUGAGUAUUCAUUCGAAGAAAGGCGGCUGGCUGCCUAUCUGGCAAGAGAGAAAUUGCUUAGCUGUUGAGAGGCGCCGAGAUCUCCACAUUUGGCUAUUGUUGGUCGACGACAGUCGGCCAGUGCUCUUCAGAUUCACCGCAACCUUUUCAUUGUUUUCCAUACUCUUAGUAAGGAAGUUUACACUUUGACAACUUCCGUUCAGUUCGGUACCCCCAUUGGUUAGCUUAUUGAGUUGUAUAGGUUCCUCAGCACUGAAUCUUCUCAAGUCAGUUUGAUUAAACGGAUCAGCAGUGUCGCAAAGAUUAACCGUUAUAUAUUUCUGUUCUUUAUGCGUGAUCCAAAUUGCA